AUGACGCCUCUUAAGAAGAGGAUGACCUUCUCCCAAAACCUCAAUGGCGCAUGCCGGACUGGUACCUGUAGAACGGAUAUACAAAACCCACCAAGCAAAGAAGAGAAAGCGGAUCUAGAAAAGAAGAAAGGAUGGAAUGAUAUUCCUGUGUCGGAGAAAGGAACUGGAGUCCUUAAGGAACUGCCAGUGGUCCGGAGGGGUUCCUGCCAUUCGACGCUAAUUAAGACGUCCUUGCACAGCAAUCCGUCCGUAGUGCAUAUAAAGAAGGUAGCGAGCUGCGAACGGGAACAGUCGUCAGGUGUCCCUUCGGAUAUGAGGCUUUCCAGCAUAACUUUGCUGGGCCUAUUAGCUGGCUUCACAUCAGCUGGUACAUACGGAAGAAAGGGUGGCCAAAUCAGUGGAGAUGGAUGUGCAGGCGGAAACUGUGGUGGAUUUACUGUGGGAAACAGUGCUAUAGGAGGGGGAUGUCAAGGUAGUAAUUGUGGUGGAUCAGGUGCUGUAUUUUCUAAUAGUGGUGGCUGUGGCGGAGGUAACUGUGAUGGGCCUGUAGGCACUUUUGUAACUGGUUCGUCUGUAGGCUCUGGUGGUGGAUAUGCAACUGGUUCUGGAGUUUCCAGUGGAGGAUUUCCUACUGGGUCAGGUGGAGUCAUAAAUUCCGGAAGUUCUAGCAGCGGAUAUGCAACUGGUUCUGGAGUUUCCAGUGGAGGAUUUCCUACUGGGUCAGGUGUAGUCAUAAAUUCUGGAAGUUCUAGCCGGGGAUAUGCAACUGGUUCUGGAGUUUCCAGUGGAGGAUUUCCUACUGGAUCAGGUGGAUUAAUUAAUUCUGGAAGUCCUAGCGGGGAUAUGCAACCGGUUCUUCUGGAAAUCUCGGUUCAGGAGUCUCAGGCGGACUUUUUCCAAGUGGGUCAAACUGGAUUUAUAAACCCUGGAGGUUCCAACGGGGGUUAUGCAAGCGGAUUUCCAGGAAAUCUCGGUUCUGGGGUUAGCAGCAGUGGAUUAUCUGGAUCUAAUGGGCACGUUAACUCUGGAGGUUCUAGUGGUGGAUAUGAUGGGGGGUCAUCUGGAAAUUUUGCCUCUGGAGGCUUCAGUGGUGGGUCCCCUAGUAUUGCCAUCUCUGAAGGUUCAAGUGGUGGAUACCCCAGUGGCUCCUCUGGAAACUUUGGAUCUGGAAUAUCCACUCCCAGCCACCUGGGCAGUUCCUUUGGGGGCUUUAAUUCAGGGAGCCAUAUCAAUGAUUAUUCAAGUGGUUCGACAGGGAGCUUUGCAUCAGGUGGAUCACUUGGAGGAAAUUCUGGUGAUUCCUUGGGAGGGAUAAUAACAGAUGGAUCAAGUGGAGGAGGUUUCUCUUCUGGUGGAUCAUAUAAUGGCUAUUCUGAUGGAUUGUCUGGAGGAGUAUCUGGAGGUUUUCCAUCAGGUGGUUCAAAUGGAGUAUUUGUAGGUGGCUCUCCAGGUGGAUUUGUUAGUGGAGGGUCAAGUGGAGGGUACUCAGAUGGUUCAUCUGGUGGAAUUAUUUCUGGAGGAAUAUCAUCUCCUAGCUCAAAUGGAGGCUAUCCAAGUGGUUCUUCUGGAGGGCUUUCAUCUAGUGGCUCAAAUGGAGGGUUUGUAGGUGGACACCUCAUCGGGGGAUCCGGUGGAGGUUAUCAAAGUGGAGGGGUAUCAGGAGGUUUCUCAACAGAUGGAAGUUUCCCUGGUGGUGACUCAAGUAGUUACUCAUCAUACGAAUCAGAAAGAGGACCUUCAAUUGAAGUUUCAAGUGGAUUCAUAGAUGGAGGUUCAGGUACAUUCAUAGGUGGAGGUUCAAGUGGAUUUAUAGAUGGAGGUUCUAAUGCAGGAGUAGUCUCUGGAGGUUCCAGCUAUACCGACACCUCCUCAGACGGAAAUGUUGUUUCCAGUGGCUCAAAUGGAGGAUUUCCAAAUGGAUUUGCAGGUGGAUCUAUUGGAGGCUACUCAGGAAGUUCAUCUGGUGGCUUGAGUGGAGGAUUCAAUGGUGGAUCUUCAGGAGGCAUUGUCUCUGGAGGUUCAGCUGGACAAACCGGUGGUUCCAGCGGUGGAUAUCCAGGAGGAUUCAGUGGUGGAUCUUCAGGAGGCAUUGUAUCUGGAGGUUCAAACUGGACAAUCCGUGGUCCAACAGUGGGAUAUCCAGGAGGAUUCAGUGGUGGAUCUUCAGGAGGCAUUGUAUCUGGAGGUUCAACUGGACAAUCCGGUGGUUCCAGCAGUGGAUAUCCAGGAGGAUUCAGUGGUGGAUCUUCAGGAGGCAUUGUAUCUGGAGGUUCAGCUGGACAAUCCGGUGGUUCCAGCGGUGGAUAUCCAGGAGGAGUCAGUGGUGGAUCUUCAGGAGGCAUUGUCUCUGGGGGCUCAGCUGGACAAUCCGGUGGUUCCAGCGGUGGAUAUCCAGGAGGUUCCUCUGCCGGGACUUCUUUAGGCGGUGCCAUUGACAGAAGUUAUCUACCUCCUAGUGCUUAA